AUGGAUGAAAAGAAAAAAAUAAGAUCCAUUGACUUUCUGACCCCCGAACAACUUCGAAGAAAACGAGAAAGCGAUCGCAAUAAUGCCAGGCUAGCGCGAGACCAGAAACGAGCUUAUAUCCAGAACCUUGAGCUUCGGGUGCGGCACCUUGAGCAGCUCAACUAUGAGCUCGAGCAAAAGCUUGCCGCUUGCCAUUGUCGCGACGUUCGUUAUUCUCUUGCUUCUGCUUUGCCUUCAAACAGAACGAAGAAGGCGAGAAUGACGGCUUUGGAGGACGGCAAUUGGCAACGUCCUUUGACUUCGGAAGAAACGAUCGCUUCAACAGUGACGGGGGACUGGACUGGUCAAGUGUUCGAUGCAGAGCUUCUGCAACUUCUUGCAAACCCUAGCCUUGAUGACUCAAAAGACAUCGUGAACCAGGUAACUGCAGGCGAUCCCGCUUCCAUGCAACUUGAGCCUGUAUCCAUCGUCCACUGUGAAAUUCCAGAACUUGCAGACGGCGAUUCCACCUCCCUGUCCAGUUGUCCAGUCUGGUGUACAACCCCAAAACAUAUCGCUCCGACGUGCCGACUAGAUCAAGUUGUUGCCGAUCUUAUUCAGAGCCGUAGAUCUUAUGAACUCACCGGAGGAAAUAUUCCAGAAUUCCAAGAGCGUCCGUUCCCUAGCAUACCGAGUUUACUCAAUCCUAUCAAGGAGGCAGACAGAAGUCCAGUUACAAGCAGUAUCGUUACAAAUAUUAUACGCGUCAUGACUGUCCCGGCAGUGGAAUCGAACUUGCCGGAGCAAAUUGCUAUUUUAUAUUUCAUGAGCUCCGUUAUUCGCUGGCAAAUUUCUCCUACCGAGGCCAACUACAACAGCAUGCCUGCCUGGCUUAGACCAACUCCGUCUCAAAUCGCCGUGCCACACCCAAUUUGGCUUGAUCUUAUUGUUUGGCCAAAUGCCCGUGAGCGUUUAUGCCGCGACUCACGAUAUUACAGCCAAAAUGCAAUAAUGACGGAGAUCAGCAAUGAAUCCAUCUCCGUGAAUUGGCCCUAUGGGCCGUCGAAUGUUCUUAUGCAAGAAAAUGGGUCCGACGUUGUGCUCAAUCCAGCUUUCGCGGCUCAUAUCAAGAAUCUAGACAAUUGGUCACUAGGGCCUCGCAUCUUGGAAGUGUGCGUAGUUGCUCAUGGUCUUUACUUUUCGAUGCGCUAA